UAUGAAUUAUUUGAGGUUACAAAAUAUCACCUAAUGAUUUUUUGCAAUGACCCGAUGAUAUUCUAACGAGCAAAAAAAAAAAAAAAAAAUAAUAACAAUCAAUUGUUGUUCAUAACAUUUAGUAAAAAAGUAAAAUAACCUUAAGUAAAAACAUUGUGUACUUAACAGUUUUAAAUUGUUGUUGACGAUAUGUAGAUGUCAUCUUGUUUGGACUAUCAAGACCAUUUGUGUAUAUAAAAAUGGCUUCAACUAACUUAAUGUCUUUGGGAAAUGUAGAAAAAAAGGAUUUUUUGAAAUCUUUCGAUUAUUUUAUUUGUGAUUGCGAUGGUGUGUUAUGGCAUGGUAGAGUACCUGUUCCUGGAGCUCAAGAAGUUUUGAAAAAUCUUGUUUCAAUUGGGAAAAAAAGAUUUUAUUUUACCAACAACAGCGCGUUGACGAGAAAACAAUUUGUAGAAAAAUUCAAUAGCCUAGGAUUUGAUGCCAAAGAGGAAGAAAUUCUUUCAACUGCCUGGCUUACUGCAAAAUAUUUGAAAAAUAUUAAUUUCAACAAGAAAGUAUAUGUUGUUGGUGGAACCUCUAUCAAAGAAGAGUUGGAUAAAUUUGAAAUUGAAAACUUCGGUGCUGGUCCUGAUAAUUAUGAAGCUAGAGGUUCUUCUAAUUUCACUUUAGAGAGUAGCGACAUCGAGUUAGUUCCUGAUGUUGGAGCUGUAGUGGUAGGCUAUGAUCUUUUCUUCAGCUAUCCAAAGGUUGCAAAAGCUAAGUGUUACUUGAAUGACCCCAAAUGCUUGUUUCUCGCUACAAACAAAGAUGAAAAGAUUCCAAUUGCAGGAGGUCUUACAGUUCCAGGUUCUGGAGCAUUGGUAGCGGCAGUGGAAGUUUGCUCUGAUAGGAAAGCAGAUGUAAUUGGCAAGCCAUCUCCAUUUGCCAUAGAUCAUGUCCUCAUUCCAAGUGGCAUAGAUCCAAAGCGUUGUCUUAUGAUAGGUGACAAAUGUAGCACUGACAUUUACUUUGGGAACCAAAGAGGCAUGAUUACAUUACUAGUUGAAACAGGACUUCACAGAUAUACUGAUUUGGAGAAAUUCAAAUCUUCUGGAAUGGACCAUUUAAUUCCAUCUUAUUACACUUCUUCAGUGGCGGACAUUUCAAAAAUAAUGAGGCUACCAUAAAACUUGUCACUAAUUAUCCAUAUUAAUUUCAUUUGUUUGUAUAAAUUAUUUAUGAUAUGAUUUAAAAAGAAAUUAGUAUUAGUACCAAUACGGUUAACGUUGAUAAAAUAUGGUUAAAACAUGAAUACCAUUACCAUCACAAUCAUUUGAAUUUUGAAUAAGCUUCAUGUUUUUUGAUAGUACGUUUUAGAACAAAGUGACAAAUGUCUUAAAAAGGGAAGUGGAAGAGAAGAAAUUGUGAUCUUAUAAUCACUUGAUGUUUUGAGAUCAGAGAUGUGCAAAUGCAACUCUGAGUACCAGAUACCAAGUAUUUUACUCAAAUUGAAUCACUAUUGGGAAUUCAAUCACUACUUCAGUUAAUCCUUUGACAUCAAUUGAAAUAGUAAUUAAAUUCUUUGGUACUCUAAAAAGGUCAGUAUUUGAGUAAAAUACUUAAGGACAGUAAUAGACUAGUGGCUAACAUGCAAGUUAAAAUCCUCAGUUCAAGGAUUUAUAUAGAUACUGCAACCCUGCAAUAUCUAUGGGGGCAGGGUGGCCAAGUGGACUAACAUGUGUGCACAGCACUGCGCAUUGCCAGGUUACCUGAUAACCGAAGUGAGAUGGAAAAAUUUUACAAGUUCAUAUCCCGGUACCUGGUGGGAAUUUUAACUCGGCAUAAUUCCCCCUCCUUCUCCUCUGGACCAGAAAAAAAAAACCAUGUAGCCUAAAAGGCGAGGAAGGGGAUAACAAAAAAAAAAGUGUAAAAUACUUGGUACUCUGGACUGAGAGUAGCAGUUUGCCAUCUCUGAUUGAUAUAGAAGUUAACACCAAACAACUAACUGACUAGAUCAAUGUUGUCACUAAAACAUAUCUAGCAUGAUAAUAAUUAAUACAAAUAAUUUGUCAUUCAAUAUAUAAUUGUGAAUUAUGCCAAUAAAAAAUGGAAUAGUUACAGCCAUAAACACUGAAUAAUUUUGUGUUCUAGCAUAUUUUAAUCCCAGAAUGAUGACAGAAUAUUAAUUUAAAUUUUGUGUAAAAGUAUAAUAUUUAAGUAUAUUAUAAAUUUAAUGCAUUACAA